AGUUAGGUCAUUUACAUGUGAAGUAUUCUUGAUACUAAGAAGGACAAACAAACCCAUGUGAACUCUAUUAAGCUAGUGUCCCUCAUGUUCAACAAAUCACUGUGAUUAUGUCAGAUAAUCUUUCAUCUAUAUAAACAUAUAAAAUAAGGCUCAGUAGCAAUACAAGUUUCCUACACCAAAACAUCAAAGCUUUCUCCAAUUCUCUAAGACCUCAGAGGCCCCAAAGGGCUAUAUUGUUGUCUGUGUUGAAGAGAAGCAAAAGAAGAGGUUUGUAGUUCCCAUUUCCUACUUAAAACAGCCUUUACUCCAAAAUAUACCAAACCUCUGUUUGGAACUUAAAUUGAAAAAUUUAUCAUUGUGCUGUUUGGUUGCCAAGUCUCAAUGAGAAAAGGCUUUCCUUUAGAAAGUCAACUCAGCCACAAACCUCACCAAGUAAACACAGUUUUGAUAUGUGAAUUUUCAAUGCCCAUUAGGCUUCCUCAAGCUUGGAUUUUCAAAGCUCAUAUUCAAACCUCCUUAAUGCAGGCACAAGAAGGGAGAGAGUAAGUCAAUCAUGAAAAGAACACUCCAACACACGCUCAAACGGUCAGACCUUACAUAGCAAAGUUUUAGGCCAGACUUGGUUUGUCCCUACAAAGAUUGAGUAAAGGGAUGAAGCAAAUACAGUCAAACCUGGUUCGUCGUCUUUAUAGUGCCAUACAUUCUCAAUCAUACCGCACGAUUCGUUUCGACGGAGCUAAGCCGCGGCCCGAGCCAGAAAGACGUCGUCCCUCUACGUCUAAGGUUCGCAACCCCACACCUUUUGUCUCCGAUGUUAAAGAGGUAAACGACCCUGAUGAAGCUCUAUCUUUGUUCGAAGAGUACAGCCAAAUGGGUUUCAAACACGAGUACUCUUCCUACUCUGCGCUAAUUUAUAAGCUGGCUCGUUUUGGAAACUUCGAAGUUGUUGAGACCAUUCUUGGUCAAGUUCGGGAAAGGAAUGUUCGGUGCGAAGAGAAACUUUUCAUUGCUUUGAUUCAGCAUUACGCUAAGGCCAGUUUGGUGGAGAAAGCCGUUGAGCUUUUUCACAGAAUUCCCUCUUUCAAUUGUGUACAGACACGUCAGUCCUUCAAUGCACUCCUUAACGUCCUUGUCGAUGGUGGUCGGUUUUCUGAAGCAAACGGCAUUUUCAAUCGGUCCUCUAAGAUGGGUUUUCGUCCAAAUUCGAUUUCAUUCAAUAUAAUGAUAAAGGGGUGGCUUGAGAAAGGUGAUUGGGAAGAAGCGUGCAAGGUGUUCGACGAAAUGCUUGAGAGAAAGGUAGAGCCUACGGUUGUGACUUAUAAUAGUUUAAUUGGCUAUUUGUGUAAAAAAGGUGAGUUAGAUAAAUCGAUGGGCUUGCUUGAGGAGAUGAUCCAGAAAGGAAAAUACCCUAAUGUUGUGACAUAUGCAAUGAUAAUGGAAGGUUUGUGUUUGUUAGGAAAGUACUCGGAAGCAAAGAAGAUGAUGUUUGAUAUGGAUUAUCGAGGGUGUAAACCAAAGCUUGUGAACUUUGGUAUUUUGAUGACUGAUCUUGGAAAAAGAGGUAAGAUUGAGGAGGCAAGAGCGUUAAUUAAGGAGAUGAAGAAAAGGAGGUUUAAACCUGAUGUUGUGACCUAUAAUAUAUUGAUAAAUUAUCUGUGCAAGGAAGGUAAGGCAAUGGAGGCAUAUAAAAUUUUGAUGGAAAUGCAAGUUGAAGGUUGUGAACCAAAUGCAGCUACAUACAGGAUGAUGGUUGAUGGGUUUUGCAGGGUGGGCGAUUUCGAUGGAGGUUUGAAGGUUUUGAAUGCAAUGCUGAGAAGUAGACACUGUCCUCGUUUGGAAUCAUUUAAAUGUUUAGUGAUAGGCCUAGUGAAGUGCGGUAAGCUUGAAGAUGCUUGUUUUGUUCUUGAGGAGAUGAGAAAGAAAGAUAUGCAAUUCGAUUGUGAAGGAUGGGAAGCUGUGGUGGUAGAAUCUUGUGGUGGUGAUGUGGUUUCAUGUGGCAUAGUAACUGAACUAAUUUCUGCAGUGUAGGAGUGAGACAUGAAUACGUGAAUAUAAUUUUAGUUCCACUGAAACUACUAGCUAUGUUUGCAAGAAAAACUCAUAUUGCUAUCUUUUGGCCUAAAUGAGUGUUACAAAGAUGGAUGGAACUUCUGCUUAUGUGAUGUGAAAAGGGGAAGUGAUAACUAAUUUGCAGUCCUUUGGAUAUGAAACUAGUGAUUUUCUGCUAAUUGUGGCCAUUGCAACUUGCAAAGCUAUUGAGUGUUGAAAUUUUUGACUUCAUUACUUGUGUUGAUACAGGGUUGCCUACAAAAUAAUCAGACAACUCUGGAAUGAAUUCUUUUUCCUUGGAUACAUAUUUGAAACCAAGUAUGCCUCUCUCUCCCUCCACAUAUUGGAAGAGGUUUAUUAGUCACUCCAUUGGGACUGGGAGGGAGGUAUUUAUGAGAAAACAUAUAGUUUUAUGGUGUCAUGUUAGUAGUUAAAGAACGAAAAACUUUUGUUGAUAGAUUUUUUUUUCCACUCCAAAAACUAAUUGACUUAUUUUUUUCUUGCUUGGGAAACCCCAUGUAUGCUUGUUUCAUUUUUCAGUAAAAAUAUAGUCAAGUAACUGAAUUUAGUCUAAUUGCAUAUUUUACUUUUCCUCAUUCAUUCUUCUAUGGUG